AUGCGCUACAAGGGUUCCAAGGCCGCAGAGCGCGAGCUAAGAAGCAUUUUGAACUCAUCAGAAAACGGAAACAAAUGCGGUGAGUGUGGGAGCACAUACCCAACGUGGUGUUCGAUAAACUUGGGUGUUUUCCUGUGUGGACGGUGUGCGUCCGUUCACCGAAAGAUACUAGGACACCGCGACGAUAAUGUUUACUCUGACGUCAGGUCCUUGACGAUGGACCGAUGGUCCACGUCGGACCUGGAUGACAUCUCAGAAAGCGGGGGAAAUAGGCGAAACAAAGCUGUGUGGAACCCCCAAGGCGUGCCAUUCCCCUUUGACGGUGACGAAGACAAGGGCGCAGUGGAGAGCUACAUAAGGGAGAAGUACGUGCUGCAAAAGUUUAGAAACGACCGCGACAGGCCUGUGAACUUCGAUUCACGGACGUCGAGAUCCUCUUCGAGGCCCACAACCUCGCGCGGUGGCUCUAGCAGGGGCUCGUUUAGCGAACGGCCAUCAACCAGUUCCAGCGCCCCAGUCGCCAGCAACCCGCCCCUUCCAAGACGGCCUGUGACGAAUGUAGGACCCCGGCCCGCUAUUUUCGACGGCUCCGAUAGCGCAAUGAGCGUCCCUGCAGCGGGACUGCCCGCGCAGCCCGCGGUCUUCGAUGGUUUCGUGCAGCAGUAUGUGGACCCUGCCACUGGCAUGGUUUAUGUCGACCAACGGCAGUACGGGAUGGCUCUGCAGCAGCAGCAGCAGCAGGAACAGCAGGCUCUACAACAGCAGCAACAACAGCAGCUUCUUCUGCAGCAGCAACAGCAGCAACUUCUGCAACACCAACAAUUUCAGGCGCAAGCCCAAAAGAACCAGCUUCUUUCCCUGUACCAACGGCCGGACCUGUACACAAGUGCUGUGGAGAUAUCGCCGUCUCACCCACAGUAUCAAGAGCUAAUGCAGAUGCAACAGUUACAACUUCAACAACAACAACAACUACAACAGCAGCAGUUGCAAAUGCAGCAGCAACAACCACAGCAGACAUUUGCACAGGGUCAGCCUGGAUUCUACUACUCUAUGUGA